GGGCGAGUUUUGGGUAUGUGUCUACUACUAUACUACACUGGCCCUGCCCCAGUGCAAGCCAGCUCUCGCGAGUAACUAGAGCACUCCAGUGUGGAUUGGGGCGCGCCUUCCGAUGCGCGAUUGUUUCGUGGACGCGUUUGUAAACAAGCGCUCGUUUUGUGAUUCAAUUUUCCCAAGUCGGCGGGCGGACGUUGGAUCUUGCGAUCUCACUCGAAACUACGAUUUAAAACAUGAAUAGUGUUGUGAAAUCAUCGUGGUGUGCUCUGUUAAAUAAUGAAAAAUACUUCGCGUUCUGAUAUAUGAAGUUUUGGAGGCGGAGUCGGUGUGCAAAUUGUUAUACGACUAUGAUACGGUGAUAAAGCCACGAUCACUUAUUUAACAACACGUCUACGAGGAAGUGAAUAGCCCAAGAUGCUCGUAUUCGUUGCUACCCUCAUAGGACUGACCGUCACCACCGGGGUCACGAAUUCCCAAGAGGACUCUUUCACCAGCAAGUUCAUCACCAUCAAUUCUGCUGAAAUGUCACGAUUCCAAAAUUUCGAAAGCCUCAAAGUGGGAACACAGGAAGCCCCUCAUUCCCAAACCAUAGCAACCGAACAAGAAAAUCAACUGGUUCUUGGCUUGAAAGCGAACGAGAAAACUAAUAACCAAACGCAAACCACGAAUAAAAAGGAACUAGCAAGAAUCAUGAAACAACAAUUCGAGAAGUUCAAGAAGUCACUGGGACAAACUACAAAGGCAUCAGAGUCUCACAAGGAACACCACCACCACCACCACCACCAGUCUGAGUUCUUGGGGGUGCCCACCACUACUUCAACGGUCGAAACUGACAGCACCGCUUCAGAGGAUCGUCUGACAGGCGACAGAGGCGACAGAGGCCUUAGGAGCAGAAUAGUCAUCGGCGAAGUUGUGACCAAAUCGGAAAGAAGAGCUGGAGAGGAGCCGAGUGGCAUAAAGUCUGGGUUUUUACGAAUUGAUUCUCACCCUAUUCCCGUGACCUUCACCUCCCUCCCAGGGUUUCCAUCCAUCUCACAGCCCGGUCCGGGGGGCUCUUCCAGUGUCACCAGCAGCCUUGGUGGUGCCAGAAGUGGAGCCUCGCCUGAGAGACCCAGACUACCACCCAGCAGUACUACUCGUUCCGGCCACAGUUCACCAACGUCACGAGUAUCUUUCCCAAGAGUUGCCAUCGACACAGCAUUCGGUGGCCCACAGGGUUCAGGGAUUAGAGGGGCAGGUUUCGACCAGAUUCAGAGCACCCCAGGAGCUGCCUUCAUGACUGGCAGGCGGGGUUCUAGUCGGCAACGUCCCAGGACGCGUGGACAAGGCUUCCUAUCCAGGGGUUCGACAGGGACGCAAGGGGACAUCAGAAAUGGCAUUGGGCAUCUCAUGAGAAUCUUAGAAUCUAGACUGAUUGGAGGCAUCAUGGGUGCAGGUUCCGGCAGCAGAAAGAGUAGUAGUAGUAGUAGUAGUAGUAGCAGCAGCAGCAGCAGCAGCAGCAGCAGCAGCAGCAGCAGCAGCAGCAGCAGCACGUCUAACAACAUGCCUACCGAGCCUUUUGAUCCCUCCAUUGUCAUCAACUUCCUGACCCUUGUAGCGCUUACUCAGCAGCAAAGGAGGGGAAGUUUCAUCGUUGGAAACGGUGAGAGCAGAGGUCCCCAGGGUCAACGGAAUGCUUCUCCUGUGAGCACCACUUCUGACAUACUGGAAGGCGGCGGCCAGCCGACUUCAGACUCCGAAUUUGGACCUCUUAGUGAUGGCAAUGACCCCUCUGCCGGAGUGGAUCCGUCCACGAUACAGUUGCCGCCGAUGCUGCGACAGACGCUGUAUUCGUACCUCCUGCCAAGGCUCUCCUCCCUGAGCGCUCUCGUCGAAACCCUACCCGGAGUGCCUGGAUUGGACUACCCCAUCAUCAGCACCGUUCCCUACACUAAUUUCUACUGCUCGAAUAUGCCCUGGCCGGGGUUCUAUGCAGACACGGAAGCACGCUGCCAGCUAUGGCACUACUGCGACCUGGAGGGCCGGCAGGCGUCUUUCCUCUGCCCAAACGGUACCAUCUUCAACCAGGCCUUCUUCGUGUGCGACUGGUGGUACAACUUCGACUGUCCCUCCGCGCCCUACCUCUACUCGAUGAACGAGAGGGUCUUUGCCCUUCCGGAGGUCGACGAUACCGCCCCACAUCGCACGCUCACGCCGGAGAUUUUAGACACUAUAUUUCUGUGAUCUGAAAUGAUUAAGAAGCGAUCCGGUUCGAAUUGGAUGGUGCAGAUACUACUACGUGGUCGCACUUAAAAGCAAAACCUAUUGCCAAUGCAUUGAUAAUUACCAGCCCUUCACCCGUAAUUUGUGAAGGGCUUA